UAUUUAAUGUGGUAUUAUUGGAUAUUACUAGUACUGUAUCGGAUAUUUUUCAGUCUAUUAUAUUUAAAGUGUUGGUAUUGGAUAUUACUAGUAUUGUAUCAGAUGUUACAGUCUGUUAUAUUUAAUGUGUUGUAUUGUAUCAGAUGUUACAGUCUGUUAUAUUUAAUGUGUUGGUAUUGGGUAUUACUAGUACUGUAUCGGAUAUUUUUCAGUCUGUUAUAUUUAAAGUGUUGGUAUUGGAUAUUACUAGUAUUGUAUCAGAUGUUACAGUCUGUUAUAUUUAAAGUGUUGGUAUUGGAUAUUACUAGCACUGUAUCAGAUGUUACAGUCUGUAAUAUUUAA